AUUACGCCAACUUCCGCCAGAUGCCAACUGUGUCCGGUUACAAAAUAAACAGAUUCUUCUUUCAGUGAAUAAAUCCAGGAGGUCUGAUCGGAGGAAGAGUCACAUGAGUCUCAUUUAACACGACAGACUUCACAAACAACUAACAACAUGACGGCUGCAGCCAGAGUCUCGGCCAGAGUGCCCAUUCGAGUGGCAGGCGAUGGCAUGGAAACUGAAAAACCGCCGGCUGUCUUGGAGGUUAAGACAGACACGCUGCCACCAGGUCCAGUCUCAGUUCCCCUGCUGAAGGUGGCAAGUCCAAAACACAGCCCCAAAUCGAAUCACCCCGCUCUUCCUGUUACGCCGCAUCCACUCGGCGUACUCCACCUGGGCAAAGUGAGUCGGGAGGCCUGCAUGGAGGUGGAGGCCGUCAGGAUUGUUGUCCCUCGUGCGGCUAUUAGCCGGAGCAGCCGCACAGGACCUGCUGAGGGGAAAGGGGAGGCAGGGCAACAGGCUGAGGAGCAGGGAUCACCCCCGCUGCCUCUGGUGGAGGACUGGAGAGUACAGCUGGAGAAGCUGCAGAACUCUGAACGCAGGCUCCUGCAGGACAAGGAAGGCCUUACCAAUCAGAUUCGUGUGCAGACAGAGGUGAACCGUGAGCUAAAGAAACUGCUGGUGGCGUCAGUUGGGGAUGACCUUCAGUACCACUUUGAGCGUCUCUCGCGGGAGAAGAACCAGCUGAUUCUGGAGAACGAGGCUCUUGGCCGCAGUCUGUCACACACAGCAGAGCAGCUGGAGCGGAUGAGUAUCCAGUGUGAUGUUUGGAGGAGCAAGUUCCUGGCCAGCAGAGUCAUGGCUGAGGAGCUGACGAAUGCCAGAGCAGCUCUGCAGAGACAGACCAGAGAGGCACAAGGAGCAAUUCAGGACCUUCUUGUAGAGAGAGAAGAGUUCUCCAGAGACAUGGUGAUCACUCACAGAUCUCUGGAGCAGCUGCUGGUCUCUCUGCAGUGGGGCAGACAGCAGACCUACUACCCCAGUGCACAGCCCCUCAGCACAGGAGAGCUGGCAGCAGCUAAUCACAAGCUAGCAGAUGCCAUCAACUCCCACCUGCUGGGCAACACCAGCAGCAGCACGAGCAGUGUGUUGAAGAGCAACAGUGCCGCAGCCGAGCAGUUCUGCAGCACACCUGCAGAGAAAAUGGCUGAAAAGGUGCUGAAGAUUUUAGAUCCAAUUUCCUGUUCAGAAAUCAAAGCAGAUCUUCCACUCAGUGACUCCCCUACCUCAAACUUCCUCAGCAACAAGAAGAGCAUCGGCAGAUUUCAUCCGUACACCCGCUAUGAGAACAUUACCUUUAACUGCUGCGAGCGCUGCUCUGGAGACAUCCUGGUGCUGUAGAGGUCAAAGAACCUGACAUCAAAACGGCAUCAGAGCUUAUUUCAAAUGACUGGUUGCUGAAAAGGAGAGCAGUCUGGGGGGGAUAUUUCUGCUCAGUGUUAAGUGACCUCUUCAGUAAAAAUCAAACGUUAGCUGUUCAAUCAGAUAUUUUCUGUAUCAGUUUGAACCUUUGCUACCAAAUUGAGUGUGUUGAAGUGGUGAUUAUUUAAUUUCCACUUUUCAGAUAGCGGUUCACAAGUUCCAUUGACCUGCUCUUUAUUUUGCUCUCAUGAAUAUGGAAACAAAGUUAACAAAAGAGUGGUUUGGUAAGAAUCAUGAUGUCAGAGUGAUGAAAGCAGAAUGCAUUUCAGAACCAGUGCAGUUUGGUUUAAACCAUGAAAAGUGAUUUGUAUUGUUUUGAUGGAAGGUCAAGGUGUGUUAUUGUUACUGAACAGAUACUGUGAGGGUGUCUGAUUUUUCAAACUUGAAUAUUAGGCUAGUGUUUUCUAACUCCAACAAUUGUGCAAUAAGAAUGUGCUAAGAACAGAACAAACACACUGUGACGUGAGAGUGUUAGCCCGAGGCUUGAGAUGAUGAUCGCUUGUUUGCACUUGUGCACUGAAACAGUAAGUAAACUAAUGAUGUAAGUGAGGAUGCCUCUUAUACAGAAUUGACUCCAGUUUCUUUGUACAAUGGUGCUAUGGUAUUUUAAAAACACGGUGUUCAUGUAUUGACUAUAUGAUGCAAAGACGUCAUAUACGUUCAGUAUUUAGACUUUAAGUUACAAUGUUAUCAAUUAAAAGCAGAGUUGUUCAAAGACCGCUCUCAAGCACAUGUCCAAUGAUUUCGAGCAUGUUCCAAAAGUAUUUUAAGUUAUGUGUAAUACCUUUUUAUUAAAUGAGGUUAUGUUCAUCCAGGUGAUGUUCUCAUGUAACACUUUAAAAACAUGAGGUUUUAGACAUAAUAGGAGAAAUAUUUUUGCUGCCACAACGAUAAAAGAGAUCUGAGGAGUUCUAAAUGACACAGACCUGUUUGCAAUUCUCUUAAAAUACACUGUAAAAUAUUUUUGGUUUGUUUUACCUCUUUGAUUUUGAAAAUAUAAUUUGUAGUGAAAAACCAUCAGAAAGUGGUUCAUACUGCUUUUUUGUUUUUGUUUUUUACAUUACAGAAUAUAAUAAAGACCAAAGUAGUUUC